UCAUCAAAAUUCCUUAGACAACAUUACCAACGCCAUUCGGUUUAUUGGUUUCGUAUUUGAUACAUUGAUAACACCCGGGUUUGGUUGGACAAUACGCACUACCCUGGAUUUGCUGUUGAAAAAGUUGCGCACUCUAAAAACCCCGAUUAUGGCCGAGAAUCAAACUGCUACAGAGGAUUCCGGUCAGCAACAACAAACGCAAACUCAAACACAGCAUCAUCAUCAGCAGCAGCAACACCACCAGGUAGAUAAUCAAGAGCAAGAAGAGCCGUCAGCUUUAAAUUCACCCGUGACACCACCCAACGAGAAUCACUCGGCAUCUUCACCGGACGAACCGCAGACAAUAGUUAUUGCCAGCAGCCGUCAACAGCGACAACAGCAAUCACCUCAACACUCACCAGCACGCAGCAUGAUUGAUCGUCCAGUUCCAGCUAGAUUUAAGGUGUCCCCGAAUACACCGCAACGUCGCAAUACCAUACAAUCGACAACGGCACCCCGGGUGGCCAGUACCACAUCCAUUAAGAAGCCCACCCUGGUCAAGGUGAAUUCGUUAACCACCACCAAUCAGGUGGAUAAGAAUAACACCACCAACAACAUGCACAGUAACAGCAGUGUUGCCAAUCAGCAGCAUCACCACCAUCAUGGUCACCAUCAUCAGCACACAAAUUCAACUUCUUCCCUGGUCAACAAUGCCGUUACCACGACAACAACAACCACCACCACCACCUCAACGGCCAUACAGCGCACCACCAGCGAAUGUCUGCGUUUGAAUGCGGUGCCACCACCCUCCAAUACCCCGGCCACAGCUGAUUCGCUAUCGAAUGCCACCAGCUAUAAUAGCAUACAUUCGAAUAUCACCAACAACAGCUCCAGUUCAGCCUCAGUGGCGCCCAAAUCGACCAGCUCCAAUGCCAGUCAUUCGACCAAGAAUUCCACCUCGAAAUCAUCCUCGGCAAAUUCAAGUAAGGCUUCAUCGCCCAACAAUAAUAACAGUAUUGCCGAACAGCCUGAUCGCCAAAAUCAAGGUGGUGGCGGUGGCAUGCGUUCCACAAUGCGUAACCUUCGCAGUGGCAACAAUAUGCGUAAACCACCCAAGCCCACAUCAUCAUUUCAAAUUACUUCCGUUACACUGGGUGGCAACCCUAAGCCCUCUCCCGUCACCGACAAUGGAGAGGAUGAGUCUGCCGAUGAUUUUGAUGAAUCUCACACAGACGAUAAUAGUCGCAUAACCGAUUUGGAAAAUGAAACACCCUCCAUGUCGGAGGACACUUUUUCCAAGGAGGAGAUUUACUAUCAUCAGGAUGAUGGCCUCAGUAGUACGGCCCCAGCCAUACCUACCGGUUCACAGUUCGGUUUGGUGGUGGCCACACUGGGUGCCCAGGAUAUAUCCAAUGUCCAAGUGAAUGUGGGUGAGAAUUUCAUUGAUGUCGUGCCCAGUGGCAGUGAUGUGAAAAAGGACUCGACUCAGCAUCGCAGUGAACGCUUCAAGGUGGUGAAAAUUGAGUCGACGGAACCCUUUCGUCGUGGCCGCUGGGUGUGUAUGGACUAUUUGGAUCAUACCACAGUACCGGGCGGCGGCGGUAAGGGAGAUGCUGGAGGUGCAAACAACAACGAAAAGACUGAAGGCGGCACAGGAAAUGCCGGUGAAAAUAAUGGUGAAGGUGGCGCACCACGCACCACCCAGAGCAUGAUAUUGGGUCAUGGUACCGCAGCCAUUUUAGAGAAUCACUUUGAUGCCACGACUGCAGCUUCAGCUGAUGGCAAUUGGAAUUAUCCAGAGCCAGUAGCUAAAAUGCCAAUGGCAACAGGUGGCGCUGGUGGUGGUGGCGGGGCUGGCAUCAAUACAGCCCCUGCCACUGUGGUCCAUGGUCUGCAGCAAUUUGUGGAUACGGCGAAGGCUGCUGGUGGCGGUGGGGCGGAAGGUGUUGCCCUGACCUCGGAGGGUCAAUAUCAAACACCACCGCAGGAGGUCAACGCCAAUACUCCUCAGAUGUCAAUGGGUGGUCAGGUGUUGCAGGAUGGUCAGGGUCAACAGAUACCCAUAGACUUUGCCACAUUGGCGGCCCACAAACUCAAGCAAUCAUUGGAGGAGUUGAAGCGGCGUGAAGAGGCCAUUGAGGCCUCGGAGAAGGCUGCUGCAGCAGCUGCCGUGGCCUAUAUACCGGGUCGCUCACAACCUGUGAAUUUUGAGGCAUUCAAACAACAGCAGCAGCAACAACAACAACCAGCUCAACAGGUCACCAUGCAGCAGCAGCAACAAGCUAACCAAGCCAUGCAGCAGCAGCAGGUGGCACCACCACCCCAGGCUCAGUCUCAACAAAGUCAGCCUCAGCAGCAGCAACAACCGCCACCACAGGCCCAACAGCAACAACAACACACUGUUUCUUUGCCCAGCAGUAUCAACAUGCAGAAUGGCAGUAUAUCCAUAUCGUCGGAUAACAGCAAUGUGGGCUCUCCAGCCGGAGGAGGCAAUGUUGUGCAGCCCCAGACCCAACAGCAGGUGCAGCAACCCAUUAUGGCUCAACAACAGCCACAGCAGGCACCCGGCAUGACCUACAACAUUGAUAUACAACAACAGCAACAACAACAUCAGCCAUUAUCACCUGCUCCGCAACAGGGUCAAGUGCCACCCACAUAUGUGGCAUCGAACUUCCAGUCAACACCACAUCAGACGCCACAACAACAAUCGCCUCAGAUGGGUGGUGAAGGUGGUGGCGGUGGUAUGGGAGGUACACCACAGCAGCAGGCGCAGCAAUUGCAACAGCAGAUGCAGCAGCAACAAAUGCCACAGGCUGUGCAGCAGAUGCAACAAAUGCCACAGCAGCAGCCCCAACAACAGCCACCACAACAGCAGAUGGUCCAGCAAAUGCAACAACAACAACCGCAUUCGCUACCGGUACAAAUGCAAAUGCCGGUUCAAGUGAGACAACAGAUGCCACAACAGCCGCAGCAACAACAACAGACGAUGCCACAGACCGUUCCACAACAAAUUCAGCAACAGCAGACGCCAGCGCAGCCACAGAGGCAGCAAUCAUUACCAGUGCCACAGGCACAGCAGCAACAAAUUCCGCAACAGGCUCAGCAAGGAUUGCAGCAACAACAACAGCAAAUGCCACGUUCGAUGCCUGUUUCUUCCGUGCAACAAAUGCCGCCGCAACAAGCACAACAGCAACAACCCCAGACCCAGCAACCACUUCAACAAAACGUUCCGGUUCAGCAGAUUCCACAACAACAGCAGCAACAACAACCACCGCAGCAGCAGCCGCAGCAAAUGCAGCGCCCUGCUAUGGCGGUGCAGCAGCAAAUUCCACAACAAUCCAACCAACAGCAACAACCACAAAUGCAACAGCAGGUUACCAUGCAACAAAUGCCGGCGCCACAACAAAUGGCCCAGCAGGGUGUAGCUGCGAACUUACAACAAAUUCCACAACAGCAGCAACAACAAAUGGCACAGGGAGUUGGACAACAACAAAUUUCACAACAACGUCAGGCUUCAAUACAACAACAGACUUCACAAACGGAUGGUGUGGCACGCAGCAUUAGUUUGCCACAACAAAUGCCAACCACACAGCAGCAACAACAGCAGCAGCCACCAUCAAGUCAAACUUCACUUCCAACACAAUUCCAGCAAAUGCAACAGCAGCAGCAACCAUUGGGGCCCGGACAAACUAUGCCCCUGCUAACGCAAAUGACCACGUAUCAGCAGCCUCCACAACAACAACCACAGCAGCAGCAACAGUCUCAACAACAAUCCUUGCAGCAGCAACAACAAGCUUCACUCGUUGCUCAGCAACAGCAUAGUGCCCCAGCUACCAUGGUGGAUAAUGCAGCCAUUUUAGCUCAAAUCCAACAACAACAGCAGGCGCAACAACAACAACAUGCCUCAAUGGCUGGUACGACCAGCACUUCAAUGACUGCACCCAUGAUGACUAUGCAACCAGGCGGUACUGCUGGAACGGCUAUUCAAUAUCAACAGCCACAACAAGCGCCAAGACCUAUCGAUAAUGCUCAACAGCAGCCACAACAACAGCCUGCAACAAGUGUCAACGUCCACUUGAAUCCAAUCACCUCGGCCACAGUUAUGCCAACGAAUAUGUCCAUGCAAUCGUCAUCGUCACAGCCAACACCACAGCAACAACAACAACAGCAAGCUCAGCAGCAACAGCCGAAACCAUCUACAGCCACCACAUCACAAACACCAUCAUCAACAACUACAGCGUUACAGCAGCAGCAACAGCAACCUAUUGCGGAAACAGAGACUGAAAGAUCUGAGUGCAUCCGCAAAUCAUGCUAUGUCGAUUAUUCCUGUUGUUUCGUUUAUAAUUUUAUACAACAACAAUAUCACCAACUGCAAAAUAGACAAGUUUUGCGCAAACGUACCGCCGGUGUUUUCAAACAUUUGCCGGCUGUAUUCGAUAUUUUCUUCUUCUUCCAUUUCAUAUUUGUUGAUUAA